AUGAGUGAUAUCCGAGACAUUUUGGAGUUAGAGCAAGGCGCUUCUGUUCCAAGCAAAGAAGCUAUUGUUGGAGGAAACAAGGUAAUGAACGCACUUCAUUGUUGGUCCGAAACGGCUUAAACAAGAAUACAGAACGGUAUAUUCACCUCCCGAGAGCUGACGUAUAAACGUUUAACUGACUGAAGAGCCAGGAUAAAAUAUAUACCUAUAAUCUUCUAUUAUCAUAUGCAUUGAAGAAUUGCAAGUUAUUUAAUUCUGCUGUUUGUUUUAGUUUCUCUACAAUAACACGUAAUUCAGUGAUAAUUUUACUGAUUUCACAGGCAAGAAAGUUAAGAAGGGCAAACGAACCAAGCUUCAAACGCCCAGAGGGAAUGCACCGAGAGCUGUAUGCUUUGUUGUACAGUGAUAGCAGGUUAGAGCCGUGAACAAUUCAGUCUACAGACUGUUGCAAAUUUAAUAUCAGUACACCCAGCUAAUCGAUUAAUUUUUUAAAAAGUACUAGAGGUCGAGUACAGCGAAUAAUAUUUUUGCUAAUGACCACCUUAAUAUAAGCCUGAAUGGCUAAUCAUUGGGUGAUCGAUUGGAGUAGCUCAAAUCGUUUAGGGUAGUCUUAUGAUCUGAAAUGUUACAAAUUGGCAGUUUGACAGGCUUGUUGUAAUCGUGAUUACAAAAUUACCAUACCAGGUCAGGGUUGUAUGAUCCCAGUCAUGAGGGAUCCCAGGGUUGUAUGAUCCCCAGUCCAACAUGUACCUGUUUGUAUGUGAUCAGGUUUGAAAAUCAAUGACUGUUUAUGGAGAGUUACAAGUAAAAAGUUAAACAGUUUGAUAAAUGUUGAGUCAGACAUGUUGGUUAAAAAGUGAUUGAUGGAAGGUAUGUUCUCUGUGUAGGGAUUCCCCACCCCUUUCGUCAACAGAUACAAGUCAUGGAUAUAAACAGAUGAAAGCAAAGCUAGGUAGACGACAUGUCAGAGCUUGGAAGUGGGUGCCUUUUACCAACCCGGCUCGCACAGAUGGCGCAGUGUUGUAUCACUGGAGAAGAGCAGCAGAUGAAGGAAAAGAUUAUCCAUUUGCUAGGUUUAACAAGGUAGGUUUAGCUUGACUCAGGGUUUUCAAUAAGAUUUUAAGUACGUGGCAAAAGCUUUGGAGUAGGUGGAGAGGGAAAAAACUUCCAGCAAAGGCUUGAGUUUCUGGGCCUCCUAGAAUGCAUUUCCAGCAUUCUGGGGCAAAAAUUAGAGUGUUUGAACAAAACACAGACAUCAUUAAAUUUUGGCUUUUUUAUUCAGUGACAGCACAUGAAUACUUUAUUUAAACUGGGUUAAUUUCCAAAGAAAAGUAGGUGGCAAGUUCACGUAAAAUAGCCGGCAAAUUUCGCCGGCCACCAGCUCUUAUAAUUGAAAACCCUGUGACUGCGUGCAAUAAUGACUGUAAUAUUACAGUCGAAUGUCUUCCUUACAAUUGUAUCUGCUGAGAGAGAGUCGACUGUUUUAUUUAAAAAAAUAUGAUUAUUAGAUUGCAAUCAUCAAUCAUCAAUCUAUAAACACUGAGUGAGGGUCAAGUAGGCUGUCUCAUAGAAGUUGCCAGCUUAUUAAUAGAGCUUUGGCAAAAGUUGGUACAAGCAGUGUCAGGGAUACGCUGGAAGCAGAGGCCCUUCAAUCAUCCUGACUUACAGUGCUAUUUCUAGGGAAUUCUAGGAAGUGAUAGUGGAAGUGAUAUUUAGAUACUGAUCAACAUUAUUUCUUAUUACAGAAGGUUAAGUUACAGUGACUAUGAGCAUUGACAUCUGUCUAUAGAGCAGAGGAUAGCCAUAGACAUUUGAUAAUUCUUUUUUUUUUACAGAAAGUUGAUGUUCCAAGUUAUACAGAUGAAGAAUACCAGGUUAGGAUUCUCAAAAUAAGUUCCUUGUUGCUAGGGUAAAUUUCCUUUUUUGGGAUAAAAGAAGGAAAAUGUUAAUGUAAAAUGAAAACUGUCUUGAGACUGUCAAUUGACAUGGUACUUGCAUGUACACCUUUGUCUCACUUGCAUUGUGCUUACACAGUGUUCUCACCAGGCUGCGGCCUUGCGGGAUUCCCGCAAGAAAAAACUGAAAUGGCGCAUUAAAACCAAGAAGAUGCGCCCGUUAGGGCGCAGGGGCAAGCUACGAGUCAAAUGGACUUAAGUAGUUUUAAUGGUCACCCUAACACUAAAGCAUUCUGUUUGUUUGAAUAAAUAAAAAAACAUGAUAUCAAAUGAGUCAAAGUCUUUAAUUUUGUUGCCUUUACUUUCAUUGGUCCCACGCACGUCCCACUACAUUGUAAACUCCUCCUCCGAAUCGUAAACACCUCUUCCGCCAUAUUGGAUCAGGUAGGUACUUCAUGUAACAGACAAUUUGGAGUGCGGGCUCAGGUUCUUCGUACCGCGUGUUUUUUGUAACUUUGUCCCCCUAAUGUUCUUACAGGGCCCCUAUUUCUCAGAAGAGGGGGCCCUGGGACUCCCCAAGGCAAAAUCCUGGUGAGAACACUGCUUACAACAAACCUACAGCAUAAAUUCUGUCAUAGACGUCCCCCUGUUGUUGGUUUCAUUCUGUUGAUGCAUUAAUGUUUAGUCUCAUCUAGCCUCAGUACUUUAGUUUCAUUUACAUGUAGCCUCAAAGUUACCCCAAGCCUGUAAACUGUAAUAUCAGCAUGCAUAUUCUCCAUGCCCCAUUCUAUUUUUUUUUCUUGUGCUGUUGAGGAGAAUUUAUUCUAUGAUUUAGACUCUUUUUACUUUGUUAUUGCGUCCUCAGAACCAUUUUUAUUUGAUUAAUCAGUGAGUUGAAAAUGGAACAUUAGAGAGAUUAAGAUUCACGUUUACCGCAAACGUCAAUUGUCAGACUCAAGUUGAGAAUUUCUCAGAAUAGAAAAUAAGCAGAUGAAAACAGUCCCAAACAAUUCCUGUGUUUAAAACUGGCAUAAAACUACUUAUUUUUGUGUAGAAGCAAUGAAGAGUAAACAGAAAAUAAGGGGAAAACUUGGUCACGUGGUAGAAAUUCACAUCUGCCGUUUGGCAUAAACAUGAAUCUUAAUCUCUCUAUUAUGUGCGACAGUUACUCCAAGGGUUUAAUUAUUAAACACAAAUUUUUCAAAUUGAACAGAUGUAUCUCCAUGAUGGACCCCCCUCAACAUGGACACGAAGUGAGACUGAUCACUUGUUUGAUCUUUGCAGGUGAAAAAAAAUGAAAUAUUAUUUUGAUAUUGAAACAUUAGAGCAGUUUUUUCAUACAACACUGAUAUAAACAGUUGUUAAGACGUAAAAGCAAAACUCCUAGCUCUGUAAAUGUUGCAUCUGGUUGAUGGCCAGUCAAUCAAUUCAGUAUGUUUUAUUAAUUUAUUUUCUUUUUUUGUUUUCCUUUAGACGAUUUGAUCUUCGUUUUAUAGUGAUACAUGACCGGUUUGACAAGGAACAGUAUCAGGUAUUUUUACUGAAAUUAUAGACUGUUAAUCUGUUUCAUUGUAAGUGUUUUACGCUUUUGCACUUUUGUUUCCUUUACAAUCCAUUUAGUAACCUUUGUUGGAAUUGCACAUUGACAUUGAUUUGAACUACAUAACUAGUCUUAUAUUCUUAUAUUCUUGCUGCAGGCUAGAACCAUUGAAGAAUUAAAGGACCGCUAUUAUAGCUGUGUUACAAAACUUCUUAAGGUAACUGGGAUCAGUGUCUAAAAUUAUUACAAAGGGUAGCAAUGGCAAGCUGUCAAGUGAACCACAGGAAACCCAGUCUAGUAGUAUGUGAAGCAUCUAGGAGCAAUGCUAAUCCUGGGAUGGAAUGCUAUUCUAUUGCACAUUUGCACAUUAUUUUAUCAGCUUUCUGUAACAGAGAUUGAUAUGGAGUACCGGUAUAUUGUAAAAUUCCAAAAAUAAGCCCCUCCAUGUAUAAGCCCUUCCAAAUAUAAGCCCCUCAAAAUCGUAACGCAAAAAUCCUCCGUUAAAUCGCCCCUCCUAAUAUAAGCCCCCCGGGGGGCUUGUACAUGGAAUUUGCUCUCGAAUACAAAGUAAAACAAAGCAAAAAUGGUAUAAAAUUUCCUUCCCACUACAAGCUAGCCCAAUCGAUUUUGAAACGCAAAUUUCCCACCGUACAUAAGUCACUCCGAAUAUAAGCUCCUCCAAAAAUAAGCUCCUCAAAAAGGGCUUUUGAAAAAUAUAAGCCCCGGGGCUCAUUUUCGGAAUUUUACAGUAUCUUCUUUCUGGUUGGGAUACUGGACCAUCCCCAAAUUUUUCUCUCUCCCCAGCAUUUAAAGAAAACAGUACACUAAUAUAAUACAGUUUUUAUUUUGGAAUCAAAUUUUUAGCAAUAAAAACUUCAUGGACAAUCUAUUGUUCCUGUAGGCAAGAGCUCCACCUGGGCAAGAAGCACAAAACUUACCAUCAGCAUACGACAGCCAACAUGAAACAGAAAGAAAAAGACAACUUUUAAAGUUGUUUAACCGUACACAAGAACAGGUACAUUUACAGCAAUUUAUUUUUCUUGUUAUAGUGGUAGUUUAGGAUUAGCCACAUCUUUGUUCUUACUGUAUUUUAAUGUUACUUGUGAUGUUUUAGAUGAAUACUUCAGACACAUUGCAAAAUGAUUGGAUUUGGGUUGUCUUCAUGACUUUUCCUUCUGUUCUAAGUGAUUUAUGUUUUGUGUAAGAAGUUUUUAACCAGAGGUAAUGUGUUCCUAGAAAAACAAUAAUUAUCCAUACCUACAAUGUAGAACAUGGAGGGUCAUAGUAAAUCCUAUGGGCGAGGAAGGGUCUUCAAAUUCCGAAUUUUUAAAGGAAAUUAUGAAUCUAAAUAGGAAUUUCCAAAGGGAAGGGGGGUUCAAACCAAUAUUUGGAGCACUGAUUUUUCUGAAACAAUUUUUUUUAGGUCCAAGAAGAGGAAAUGCUUGUUGCGGAACUGAGGAAAAUUGAAAUGCGUAAGAAAGAGAGGGAGAAGAAACAGCAAGAUCUACAAAAACUUAUCACAGCUGCUGAAAAUCAGGCUGACUCGUACAGAUUAAAGUAAGCUA